GUUCGCAACGGCUCUAUUAUUAAAGCGGCUCUUAUUACUUUUAUUGCGAUCCAGGUAAUAUCGACGCGAAAGUGAAAUCUUGUUAUAAGAAAUAGUAAAAUGUAUUCGAUUUAACGCGAUGCGCGUAUUCUCAAGAAAAUUAAGAUCGUAAUAAUAACUCUAUUCGAACAGAAUAAUCUCCCUCGAAUAUCCAUCUACAAGUACAAUGUGGACUCUAAAAUUACAUUCUUUUGCCAAUAUACGUUAUUUCUGACAGAAAAUGUCGCGCGCGAGUGUUCCCCACGCGAUUUAAACCAAAAAAGUAAACUUGCGAAGUGCACAAGCUGAGAAUUCCUUGAUUUCAGUACGUUCGUUCUUUUUUCUCUCUAUUUAUAAAGCAAGAUACAUGCAAAGUGCUGAUGUGAACAAAAAAUGUGUAGAACACCGAUCAGAGGUCGCUCCAACUGCGGGGAUUAGUUUUGAUUCGCUAAGAAGAGAUCGAGGACAACGCUGAGCAAAAAUGGCAUUGACGUUAGCAUUACCGUUAUUCGGUUUAGACCCGGAGCGCUUUUCCACAUUGAGCCUGAAGCUUCUUAAUAUUGAGCGCGAACAGAACUUGAGGAGAUUGUCCGACUCUGGGCGGACUUCUCCAAGUACCGGAAGCGAGUCCAGCGGCAUCAGCAGUCUCGCAACGUCCGCCGAAUCGGCGUUGGUCGAAUUAACGCCGAUCUCAUCGCGACCGGAGACUCCCACUAGAGCACCGUGGAAGAGCCAGGAGAAGAUAAGUGCACCAUUACGCAUAAUAUACGAAGACCGCGAUAUAUUGAACUUGGGAGCGAACAUCAGACCGUCGUUCGACUGGCAAAUGAGAGAUCGAACAUUGUCUCGACACAAUCUUCCAGAUUAUAUAACUAAUCGCCUGAUGUAUCAUCGACUACGCGAGCAGCCGCCUACCAAAACUGAAACUAAACGUUGCGACGAAUGUGGAUUUUCCGAUCUAUCGUUUAUCUUUUGAUAUCGACUUAAACGUAACGAAACGAUUGACGACAACAACGUCAUGGACAACUGAAAUGUGAUAGACUGGAUAAGCGGCAGCCGGAUGGAGACGUAUCGUAAAUCGAGGAAUGUAUGAAGAUAUAAAUCUAAUGUCUAAGUUGGGAUCCUAUAUUCGCAAUAAGAAACGUGAAUAUUGAAAUAAUUGAAAUAUUCGCGUAAAUUAGUGAUUUAAUUUAGUAUUGAUGAAUUUGUCUAGGAAGAGAUAUCUAGAAUCUAAAUUAUUUAAGCGGUAUGCGUUCCCUUGCCGGAUACGGGCUGCAGUGGCCAUCAGUUCUCCUAAUUACGAUAUCGUAAGAUGUGGUGAAAUUAUGUCAGCUAAUGAGUUCUGCAUCAAAAUAAAAAUAAUUUGGACUCAUUUAACGUCUAAAUCUUAUUGUUAGUCAUUAUAUACAAUUCUACAAUUUUUGUGAUACAGUACAAAAUUAAUUAUCUACUAAAGUAAAUGUACCUCAUCUUGCAAAAUUAAUCAUCUAUUAAAGUGAAUGUAAAUAUACCUCAUCUUGCGACAUCUUUUUUCUAUUUUCAACUAUACAGCGCAUAUAUAUGUACCUAAUUAUACUUCGGACGAAUAACGAUGUCGCGUAAGAUAUCGGCGCCUUAUAAGACUAUCUGAGCAUAGAGUAUCGUGUGACUGUCAUCGAACGAUCGAACAAUAUCGAAUCUUUUACGCACGAUAUGACGAUCUAAAACAGAUUGAACGUUUAACUAGAGAAAAGACCGUAGGCUUACAACUCGCAGUGUGUGUGCGUGCGUGUGUGCGAAAAGUCACAUGUCGCCCAAAGACUUUUCUUUAUGUAUUCUUUACACAAGUUUAUUAAUUUAAACAUACAUCUCGCUAUCCUAGUGUCAAGAUUGUCAUUAUCAUCGACAAUUAUCAUUUUAUUUUUUUACAGUAACCAUAAACAAAUGCCGUUGCAUUUCGUAGAAUAUCGUUAUCAAGUGACACACCGGUAGAUGUAUUGCGUUUCAGGUAGUAUCAAGAACGAUCGGCAAUUUCUAUAAACGACCGAAAAUCAACCCUUACAUUUUCGCGGUAAUGUAGUACCUGCUCGUAGGAUAUAAAUACGUAUUUCUACGACGGCAUUGCAUAUAUACCUUGACCAUUGUUUAUAAAUAUUGAUAAACAAUAUUUUAUAUAUCCCAAUAUUGCGUUAUUAAUUAUGCUUUUACAUUAAAUAAAAUCAUAUUAAAAAAUGUUCGCGAGAAAUAUGGAAAUAACUUAGGUAUGUAGCGUUCUCUCACCCGCUGAAUCUCAUAUAUUCAGCGUUUUAUAAAACGAGAUGGAGCAACUCUAUCCCCAAGUUAAGAAUAUUUCGCAUGUCAAUAUCGCCGCGGUGCAACAUCAGCGGACCUUCCAGUAGCGAUACUUGAGCCAGGCCGAAGAUGAACGCUCGGCGAAUUAGCGCGUAAAUUCGCGCGAAAGGCAUUAGUGCCGUUUCACGAGCCGCACAAGGGGGUUGAUCGCUCGGACCCUCGUGCUUCUGCAUUGUUUCAGUUCGAGCGUAACACCCGGCGUGGCGCUGUGUGGCCGGUUCGAUCCACAAUCCCGCCCGAAACACUCACACCCCUAACGAGAAAGACCACACUCGCGAGGCUCGCGACCGCACAACACGCGCGCAUUACUCCGAUUCUCACCGACGCACACGCGUAUACACGCAUCCAGGAAAAAAUGGACAAAUUGCUAAAAGGAAAGAGAGAUAUUUUACCGUAAGGAAAUUAUCUAAAAAUAGCAAUCUCUCACAUAUAACAGCACUUUUUGCCCAAUUUUCCUGCGAUGCACGAGAUUUAUUUUAGACACGAGCGUUAUGUGUCCAUUGUUUAUUAUAAUCAUUACAAAUUAAAUGCUAAUAUUAUGCCAAAUCAUUUCUCAUUUAAUUAUCAAAAUUAAGAACGAUGAUUCCUGUCCGCCGAUUUUUCGCCUUCGGGCCUCGAUAUUUACCAAAUCCACUGGUACGUGCGUUUAUAUUGCUUGCAUGUAUUCCGCGAGCUGUGCGGGAACCUUUCAUCAGGCUGCACGCGUGCGUGUACACCGGUGCACGCGCGCGUGUGGAAGCGCCCCGUCCGUGCGUGCACGCGCGGAUGCGUGGGUGCGUGCAACGCGCGAGAGAUGCGCAGGACGACUAUUCAGAUAUUGUUGUUAUUGUUGAGGGAACAAUCGCCCGUCAAUAGGCCGCCUCGGCACAAUGUAUCUAUUCAGGUGCGGUCAGCGGUGCUCAAUCGAUCAGGAAUCCACCCUUUGCGAGUGUCGAAAAAGCACCGCGGAGACUGGCGAGAGAUUGCCGUCAGUUUCGCGAUGUGUAUCGCGGAAUUCUUUGUGCAAAAUCCCACUCUUAACUUGAGCCUGCCUAUGCAUGAAGAGAAUAGAUGUGCUUACUUUCUUCACGCUUCAGGAGACCAAACAAAAACGAUUCUGAAUAGUUUGUGCAUUUCUACUUAUCUACUUAUAUAGGACAUAUACAAAAUAUUUUAUAUCUUUACAUAUU